AUCUGUGCAGCAACUGUAAGAAGAAUGCCUAUUACAUGUGUUACACAUGUGCAUUUUCCUUGUGCAAAGGAUGCAUCAAAGAUGCCGUAAUCUUUUCUGUUAGGGGCAAUAAAGGCUUCUGUGAGUCAUGCAUGAAUCUUAUAACAUUGAUUGAAAGGAAUCAGCAGGGAAGCAAAGAAACCGCACAAGUAGAUUUUGAUGAUAAGAGUAGCUGGGAGUAUCUCUUCAAGGAUUAUUGGAUUGAUUUAAAAGGACAACUAUCUAUAACUUCUGAUGAACUUGCUAAAGCUAAAAACCUAUGGAAAGGAUCUGAAUUACAAGCUUCAAAACAGGAACUGCCACAUGAACCUUAUGAUUCUAAUAAUGACAUAGUAUCUGGUUCAGAUGGUGUUAAUGCUGAAGUGUCUCUUCCCAAAAGAAGAAAGACUAGGAGUCAGUCAAAGUCUCGUGCCAGGGAGGGUGAUUCACCUAGCACAAUAACAGUGCUUGGUGCUGAAGGAGCAUCUGUAGGUGGAAAGAAUGAGUGGGCUUCACAAGAGCUCCUUGAUGUAGUUAUGCACAUGAGAAAUGGUGACAAAUCUGUUUUAUCUAGAAUAGAACUGAAUCAACUUAUACUGGAUUACAUAAAAAAGCAUGAACUCCGUGAUCGUCGCAAUAAGUCUUAUGUCAUUUGUGAUUUGAGGCUCAAAAGUUUGUUUGGGAAACCCAGAGUGGGGCAUAUUGAAAUGUUAAACCUUCUAGAUCCUCACAUUUUUUUCACAAAAGAGGAUUCUCAGAUGGAUGAUCUUCAGGGCACUGUUGUGGAUGAUGAGUCCAAUCCAUUGGAUGCUGAUUGGAACUCUGAGGCCAUGGUUAAGGCUAGUAAAGAUAAGAAACGAAAAACUCGUAAAAAGGGCAAUAGGGCACCUCAAUCUAAUCUUGAUGAUUAUGCAGCCAUUGAUAUGCACAACAUUAAUCUACUUUACUUACGACGUAAUUUGGUGGAGGAUCUUCUUGAAGAUACUGAAGCAUUGCGUGAAAAAGUUGUUGGUGCUUUUGUGAGAAUAAGAAUUUCUGGUGCUAGUCAAAAGCAAGACUUGUAUAGACUUGCGCAAGUUGUUGGUAUAGGCAAAGCAGCUGAACCCUAUAGAGUUGGAAAAAAAACAACUGACUUUUUGCUAGAGAUAUUAAAUUUGAACAAGUCAGAGGUCAUUUCGAUUGAUAUAAUAUCAAACCAGGAGUUCACGGAGGAUGAAUGCAAACGUCUGCGCCAGAGUAUAAAGUGUGGACUGAUUGGCCGGUUGAGUGUGGGUGACGUUCAGGAAAAGGCCAUGACACUGCAGGCUGUUAGAGUCAAAGAUUGGUUGGAAUCAGAGAUAGUGAGACUUAGUCAUCUCCGUGAUCGAGCCAGUGAAAAAGGCCGUAAAAAAGAAUAUCCUUUGUGUAUUGCAGUUUUCUUUUAGUUGUUGAAAAUUUCAUAUGAUGCUUGACUGAUGAAACUACUUUAAGAACGCUUAAUCAACUGUUGGCUCUUAAAAUCUAUAACUUUAAAUGUGCUGGUAGAAUCUGGAAAUUGUUUGAUUACCCCCAUCUAUAUCCUCUUCUAUUAUAGAGUAUAAAAAAAUAUUUUAAAA